GGGCUAAAUUACAAAAAAAAAAAAUAUCGCUGAAAAUGGCGGUCAGGAAAAAAAUCGUGUGGGAAGGAGUAAAGGCGAACCUGAUCUCGCGUACGGCGUACGCACCGUCCUCGCGACCCUCCUCCAGCCCUAAGAGGGGACCGUAGAAGAAGGAGAGCGAGGGGAGGAAUCGAUGAGACGAUCUAUCUCCAUCUCUUAGCGGGAUCUCAUCUCCGUUGUUGUUUGUCAAAUACUGGGUGGCCUCGAUUGCAUCUGGUAUGCACUCUUAGGAUCUUUUUCUUUAUGAAGGACUGGACAAGGUUCAUACCAGAUGGCUUCUAUGGCACCCACAUCGGGGCCAAACAAUGCUGGUGGUAGUAGUCUUUCUGUUGAUAGGUUGCCAGAUGAAAUGAAUGAUAUGCACAUAAGAGAUGAUAAAGAAGUGGAAGCUACUGUAAUUGAUGGCAAUGAGACAGAGACGGGUCAUAUAAUUGUGACAACUAUUGGUGGCAGAAAUGGCCAGCCAAAACAGACUAUAAGUUACAUGGCUGAGCGUGUAAUAGGGCAUGGAUCAUUUGGAGUUGUAUUCCAGGCUAAAUCUCUUGAGACAGGGGAGACAGUAGCUAUAAAAAAGGUUCUCCAAGACAAGAGGUAUAAGAACCGUGAAUUGCAAACUAUGCGGCUUCUUGACCAUCCAAAUGUUGUGUGCUUGAAGCACUGUUUCUUUUCAACAACUGUAAAAGAAGAACCAUAUCUUAACUUGGUUCUUGAGUAUGUGCCUGAGACUGUUCAUCGAGUAAUUCAACACUACAACAAGAUGAAUCAGCGCAUGCCGUUGAUAUAUGUGAAGCUUUAUAUGUAUCAGAUUUGUAGAGCAUUGGCCUAUAUGCAUGGUGGCAUUGGAGUUUGCCACAGAGACAUCAAACCACAAAAUCUUUUGGUCAACCCGCACACACAUCAGUUGAAAAUAUGCGACUUUGGAAGUGCGAAAGUCUUGGUUAAAGGGGAACCAAAUAUAUCCUAUAUAUGUUCUAGAUAUUACCGAGCCCCUGAGCUCAUUUUUGGUGCGACAGAGUAUACAACAGCUAUUGACAUAUGGUCAGCUGGUUGUGUUCUUGCUGAACUCCUCCUUGGACAGCCACUUUUUCCUGGAGAUAGUGGAGUUAAUCAGCUUGUAGAAAUUAUCAAGAUUUUGGGUACUCCAACAAGAGAAGAAAUUAAAUGCAUGAAUCCCAAAUACAAGGAGUUCAAAUUUCCCCAGAUGAAAGCUCAUCCAUGGCACAAGAUUUUCCAUAAAAGAAUGCCUCCUCUGGCAGUAGAUCUUGUCUCCCGACUUCUUCAGUAUUCGCCAAAGUUGAGGAGUACCGCUUUGGAAGCAUUGAUCCACCCAUUCUUUAAUGAACUUCGAGAUCCAAAUGCUCGAUUACCAAAUAGCGGUCGGUGCCUACCUCCUCUCUUUAACUUCAAGCCGCAUGAGUUAAAGGGUGUUCCAGUGGAAAUCGUAGCCAAGUUGAUUCCAGAGCAUGCAAGGAAGCAAUGCACCUUCUUGGGACUGUGAUAUACUCUAUUAAGUGCAUUGCCUGUGUAACCCAGAUGUGGAAUCGUAUACCUGUUGAUGUUAUUGUCGUCGUCUUAAUCAUCCGUCGUAGCAUUUCUCCUGAUGAAACCGCAUACUGUUUUCCCGAGACAGGAUUUAUGCAGAUCGAAUGUUUGGGCAUUAUCUGCUGUAUGCAGUGAAACUUCAUAGAAAACUUCCAACCUUCUUUGUUUCUUUA